GUAUGCUUGAUUAAGGUCUUUCUUGACUUGAGCGUGUGAAGCACUUCAACGACUGGAGCUUCAAGUGAGGUAACAGAGUUCUCCACUUCAAGCAAAUGGGCACAGGAGACGAGUUGCGCAGUACAAACGAGCUUUAUCGGGCAGCCCUGAACAACGAUUGGGAAUCUGUGAAGAAAUUCUACCAGAAAAAUGUUGGUUCGCUGUUAUUUCCUGUAACGGCCUCCAUGGACAAUGCAUUUCACUUGGCGGUGUUCAGCAAGAGUAAAGAUCCGCUUCAAUUUUUACUUGAUAUUUCCAAAGAACAUUCUAUGGUAAGGCAUGGCUAUUUAGAAAAAAAUGGCAAUGGGAACACACCUCUUCAUGAGGCUGCAGCCAAUGGGAACCUGGAGGCCGUAGAGGCUUUGGUCGGACAUCAUCGGAAGCUCCUCGAGGAAGAUAUUGAAGAUCCACCUAGGGAAAAGCUCCAAGAGGCUGUGAAUGAGGAUAAAGAAACCCCGCUUUUUCUUGCUGCUGCAUUUGGGAAAACAAAGGUGGUGAAGUCUUUAGCUGAAACAUCAUUUGAAUCUCACAAAAGAUUAAUAUACCAAGAAGAAAAAGGAAGGACUGAAGAAGAAAAAUAUUCUAAGCUUAAAAAUAUUCACCGCCAAAACAUACGCUCCAUCAAGGUAAAGCCCAAACCUAAAGCCUCCAAUGAACUGCCUCGUGCCAUUCAAGGUGAAAUGAUAUCAGAGCCAGAGCCUGAUGCCUCCAUUCUGCACGUUGCCAUCACAGAGCCUGGUGCCAUCAAAGGAGAAACAUCCAUAAAAAAGCCUGAUGCCUCCAUUCUGCACGUUGCCAUCACAGGCCGCCAUUUUGAAACGGCUCUAUAUUUACUGAAGAUGGAUGAAUCGUUAGCAGCACUCAAAAACCUAGAUGGCCAGACCUCUCUUCACCUACUAGCAACCAUGCCCUCAGCUUUCGAAAGUGGAUAUCAAUGGGGCAGAUUGUUCUACAGAUUCAUAUAUUUCUGCCUUCCAGUCGGUGACAAUGCAGAUGAUGGUAAAAAAGCUGCUACAAAAAUUUCAAAAGGGUGGCUUAAAUUACGGCUUAAAUUACUGGAAAAAAUCUGUGCACUAGUAAGGGGUGACAUCUUGGAAGAAAAGAGAAAGCAUAAACUUGCUUUCAAACUAGCGGGGACACUGAUAAAAAAAUAUUCUUCUUGGGAUGAAAUCAUUCCGUUUGAUAAAGACCACUCUUCAGAAGGAGAUUAUGAGCCAAUCCCGUUAUUCCUGGCGACUGAAAACGGAAUAGUAGAAAUUGUGAACAAGAUACUGGAAGUAUGUCCCCAGCUAGUUGAGCAUUGCAAUGAUCUGGGUCAGAACAUACUGCAUGUGGCAAUUAAGCACCGUCAAUAUGAAAUCUUCAAUCAUGUGAAAAAUAUGGAAAUACCAAUGACAAAGUUAGUCCGAAAGGUUGACAAAAAUGGCUACACCAUCUUACACCAUGCUGCAGACAUGAGGCGAGAGACUACAAAGCGUCACCUAGCAGGACCUGUAUACCAACUCCAGGAAGAGAUAAAGUGGUACAAACGUGUAAAGGAGAUCACGCCCGCCCACUACGUCAUGUUUCGCAGCAAGAACGGAAAGAAGACUGGCGACGAGCUAUUCAAUUUGAAGCACAAUAAACUACUCGUGCAAGCAGAGACUUGGCUAAAAGGCACUUCUCAGUCUUGCUCUGCAGUGUCUGCUCUCGUUGCUACAGUGGUCUUUGCAGCUGCGUACACUGUGCCUGGAGGUUCUAAUAAACAGGGGUAUCCAAUUUUGCUCAACAGCACUCUCUUCUUGCUUUUCACAGUCAUGGACGUUAUUGCUUUGGCCAGCUCCUUAACCUCCGUUGUAAUGUUCUUGUCCAUCCUCACAUCUUCUUAUAAGUAUGAUGAAUUCGUCCACGAACUCCCCCAUAAACUCACAAUAGGCUUCACCUUGCUCUUCAUUUCAUUGGCUGCAACAAUGAUUGCAUUCGCAGCAACAUUAUUGCUCAUAGUUCGUUUGGAAAAGCCACAUUGGACCACCACUCUCAUUUAUACUUCUGCAUUUUUUCCUAUCAGCAUAUUUGUGCUAAUUAAUUUUCCCAUGUAUGCUGCAUUUGAGAAUACUUUGCUCAAGUUGUAUCGUAGAUUGUUUAAGAUUUGGCGUGUCAGCUUCCAGACAGCGUUCCUUUGCAGACGAAGCAGCUCCCAAACAAACCGAAUCGCACACGAAGCAGCUUGAGAACGAUGGUCAAUUGUCAGAGGAGACUGUUAACGAUAAUAAGCCCGAGCUCCCAGUCUGACAUUUAUGUUAGUUGAGGCUGAUAAGUGUAUAAGACAUUACAAACUAGUAUGACCCUGUUUUCAUUA